GACAGUUUUAAAAGUUCUGUUUGAAGGGUAGCAAUUCCCAGUAUUCUCUCAUUCAAUUUUCUUAAUUUAAACAAAAACUAAAAAGAUUGCUGAAUUAUUCCAUACAAAUAAUCAAUGUUUGAUGGAGUUUUUGUUUUAUUACAAAAACAAACUAAAAUUGAAAAUUACAUAUUACUAAGACCAAAAUUUUGUAAGAGAUCCUAGACUAUUGAAAAGAAUAUAAAUUAGGUUUAUAUUAACUCUCCUUUAAUGGAAAAACAAGAGUACCAGUUUCCUGAUGAUAUAAACUUUUCAUCUUUUAAUGAAAUUUCCAAUAGUAUUAAAACGGAAGACUUCAAAACGGAAUAUGACGAUGUGACUUUGUUUGCCCAAUUAGACAAUAUUACCAACAAUUUAACAGCUAGUAUCAGUGAUCGACCAUGGCUAAUCCUAUGUGUAUCCUUCAGAUUGCAGAAACCGGACAGUUAUGCAACUCGAAGAUGUAGAAAGCAAAUCGUUUUUGCCAGAUCCACUUCAUGGAAACCACAUUUCCCAUUUCGUCAGAUCAAAAUCCAAGAUGGUAAGCAUGUGAAGAUCUGGGAGUGUGGCAUAUGUCAGAAGGAGUUUACCCUCAUUACACAUUAAUGAGACACGUCCCAACUCAUACCGAUGAAAGAAAAUUUCGAUGUGUCACUUGUGGUAAAGCCUUUCGUCAGAUGUCGACUCUUUCCCAACAUAGAGCUAUCCACUCCACCGAAAGACCGUAUAUAUGCGAAGUUUGUCAGAAAACCUUUAACCGAGUUCUCCACCCUAAUUUCCAUAGAAAAACUCACACAGGUCUUAAACCCCAUAGAUGCCAUCUAUGUACUAAAGCUUUUCAUCAGAAAGGAAACUUGCGCAACCAUAUAUUUACUCACACAAACGCUAGGCCUUAUAAAUGUGACAUUUGCGAAAAAGGAUUUAACCAGAUGUCUAAUCUGAUGUGCCAUAAAUUAAAGGCCCACCAAAGAACUGAAAAACCCAAAUACACGUGCAAAAUUUGCGAGAAAUGUUUUCCCAAGCGCAUAAGUUUAAGGCAACAUGAACAAUAUACACACAAAAUAAUAUCUCCUGUCGAUUCUUUGGAAUUGGAAUACCCAAAUCCAAUUCAAAAGACACCUGAUUUCAAAGACGCAAUAAUUGUCGAACCCAUAAAGACUGAAGCAAUGAAACUGGCUAUAGAAUCGAAGCAAACUCCCUUCGCCCUUCUACGUCCUAUUACAGGCAAACCUGUUUUGGUAAGAGUGCUCCCUGCUGGUGAUAAACAGAUGUUGGUUCCUGCAACUGCUGAGGAUUUAAAAACGCACAGUAACAUUUCAAUAACUUCUAAAACCGACAAAGAGAAUCAAGCACCUGAUAAAGAAAAAGAAAAAUCAAUUGGCAACACUGUUCAGAUUAAGAUACCAGUAGUUGCGACAGUCAUUAUUCAGCAGAGCGGUCCAACAGGUCAAAUGUCAAUAGCAGUUGUAAGUCCUGGGCCCAUUGGAGAAGUUGAUGAGCAACCUGGAAUGCUAUCUUCAAAUGAAAAUAAUUUUGUCUACAGCUGUACUUUUACUGACCCCAAUACUUCGGCUUCAACAGUCCAAAGUGAACAUCAAGUACAUAUGGAGAAUAAUGCAAUAAGUAUACCCCAAUCAGAUAGUAUUAAAGAUGAUAAUAUUGAAUUCUUGGAAGAAGUCAGAAAAAAGUUGGAAGGAGACCAAAUUCUCAAUGAACUGAACAAAAUUUUGGAAAAUUUGAUCUGCGAAACUAAAGAAAACAUUCCUUUGAUGUCAAAGGAUACUGAUUCUAAGGAAAAUACUUUAAAUUUUUCUGAUGAAGAUGUCACGAAUUCAUCUGUCGAAACCGUAAUAGAUUUUCAGUAACUUUAUUACAUUGUACUAUAAUUUUUAUAAAAUUUUAGGUGAUCAAGAGCUAGUAUGCUUUUUUGUAAUUAAGGCGAAUGCAACUUUUUCGUAAUUUUAAACAUUUUAAAAAUGUUUAUUAUUUAUAUUCAUUAAUGACUGUAUGUAUAUUUGUGUUCAAUAUAUUUUUGUUAAUUGCAGAGAAUCAGAAAUAAAUUUAUGAAAUUAGUU